CGGCGGGCCGGGCGGGACGCUUAGUGGCCGGCUGGGGUCCCCGGGGGUGGGAGCGGCCUCCGGCCCCGCGGAGACGGAGCGGCUCGAGGACGAGGCGGCGGCGGGCAGGAGGAUGGGGGCGAACCAGUUAGUGGUGCUCAACGUGUACGACAUGUACUGGAUGAACGAAUACACCUCAUCCAUUGGAAUUGGAGUUUUUCAUUCAGGAAUUGAAGUAUACGGCAGAGAAUUUGCUUAUGGUGGCCAUCCUUACCCUUUUUCUGGAAUAUUUGAAAUUUCCCCAGGAAAUGCUUCUGAACUAGGAGAAACAUUUAAAUUUAAAGAAGCUGUUGUUUUAGGGAGUACUGACUUCCUAGAAGAUGAUGUAGAAAAAAUUGUAGAAGAACUGGGGAAAGAAUACAAGGGCAAUGCCUAUCAUUUGAUGCAUAAAAACUGCAAUCACUUUUCUUCAGCUUUAUCAGAGAUUCUUUGUGGGAAGGAGAUUCCUCGCUGGAUCAACCGACUGGCCUACUUCAGCUCCUGCAUCCCCUUCCUGCAGAGCUGCCUGCCGAAGGAGUGGCUCACUCCCGCCGCCCUGCAGUCCAGCGUCAGCCAGGGGCUCCAGGACGAGCUGCAGGAAGCGGACGAAGCCGCCGCGUCCCCUCCCGUGGCGAGCGCUGCAGUGGGCCCCAGACCCGGGCGCCACACUAAACUAUAAGUGUCGCCUCAGCCCCACGUCCAGAACUGUCUCAGGCAGUUGAAUAUCACUAGAGAAAAGGAAACAGAGUAAGCGUCCUUGGGGUAUUUUGUAUGCAACGAUGGCUCUCCCCCAGAUCCCAGUUUUUCAGCUCAGGAUUAUAUUUAUAAUCAAAAAAAUCACUUGGCACAGGAGGGAGGACUUUGUAUGAAGCUGCCCUCUGUUUUUUUUAACCCACUUGUAAAUCUGGAUUUACUUCUGUUUUAUACAAGCUCUGUUAAGUUACGUUUACAGUAUUUUGUAUCACUGUUUACAAAUCUUGCAUGGACUCCUGCCACGGUGAAAGAAGAAAAUCUUCCUAUCUUCAAAAAUGAGGCAGGCAAUCUUUGUAUACUCCUGACAAUUGCCAGAGCUGUGGCAUAACUAAUAGGCACACAAAAAGGUUCUUAGACAGUUGUGGUCAUCACCUGCUCACGAAUUGUCUUUUGGACCUAUUUUUUUCUUAAUGUUGUCAGCACCAGGAUGCAGAGAACCAAACCAGCUUACGGGGAAGGUGCACACGCAGCCAAAGGACGGGGACCCUGGGGCCAGCUCCUCCUGGCGCUUGCACUCUUAGUAGCACGUCUCCCGAGGUGCCCAUAGAGCGGUUGGUUUCAUCCCCAAUCUCCAUCCACCUGGGCAGGCUGGCACAUUCUUAUGUGUCUGGCUUUGAUUCUUCUGUCCUAUAAUUAAGAUGUUUUUUGUUAAAGAUAGUCUCAUUUGUAACUGACAAAUAUUUUUGCACAUGUGUUGGGGGAGGGGCCUCAUUUUUAUUUUCCUACGUCUUGGUUCUUUUGAUGGACAGGGAAUGCUGCAAGCGGUAGCCUUCCGAGUACAGUGUGAGUUGACAUGUUCACUGCUUUUGACCGUUCAGGCUACCUUUUAUACCAGACCUUGAAAACUAGAGUCUAAGGUAACACACCUCAAAAAGGUAACUCUUUGAUAUUUCAUACUUUUUAUGAACCAUCUCAGAAAGUAUGCUGGAGUUUGUUCAUUUGUUAUGGGACUAGUUUCACCCCAUAAUAGAAUGCCUAGGCUCAUUGACCUCUUGUUGAAAAAUCGUACUUGUGUGUCUUAAAAUUCAUCUUCUUA